AUGGGCUCUCCAGAGGAUGGCCAGGGAGGACGGAUUUCAGUGAAGUCUUCGUCACCUCCUCCACCUCCCUCACCACCACCUAGAUCAUCUGCAAUUUCGAAGCGUCCACUUAUAUCGGGUUGCACUUGUGUCAUAGCAGAUAACAACAUCAGAAGUGGUUUCCACAUCUUUCUCAGGCGUUGCGAUGGUAACCGCUCUCAUGUAGCACUACUGGAGAUCGUCGCGGUAAAUCCAGCAGAAGGAUGGAGCCCAACAAUAGA